AUGGCUGACAUCCUAGGUGAUCCUCCCAUCGAACAAGAUAUUGAUAUGAUCGAUGCACCACCUAAUUCGGAGAUGCUGGUCAUCGAUGAGAUUGACCCCGCCAUCAUGGAACACGAGCCUCGAGCAUCCCCAGUAGAGGAACUUGAGAGCUUCUCCGUAGACCUCCGAGACCCAUCAAAGGUGCUGAAGAGCUUGCCCAAAGAUAGCUUUCUACUCCCAAGGAUUGACCAACUAGUAGACUCCAGGGCUGGGCAUGAGUUGUUGAGUUUCAUGGGAAGGUUAUUGAAAUGGGCGGUGGAACUCAGUGAAUUUGACCUUGUGUUCAAGGCUAGGGCAGCCAUAAAAGAGCAAGCCUUAGCUGACUUUGUGGCUGAAUUCGCCAACCUACCCGAGGUGGAUGAAAUCAUGGAACCUGCCGAACCCCCCAUGUGGAAUCUUUUCGUUGAUGGAUCGGCUGGGCAUGUUGGCUCCGGUGUUGGGGUUGUCCUCAUCAACCCCGAAGUUCACAAACUCACCUCGAUAGUGAGGUUCGGAUUCAAAGCUACCAGUAACGCAGCAGAAUAUGAGGCACUUCUUCCGGGCCUCAGGCUAGCCACCAAAGUGCAAAUCCCCCGCAUCAAAAAUGCGCAUGCGGAUGCACUCUCGAAGCUUGCUAGCAGCAAGGACUCAGAGCUACUCACAGUAGUACCUAUUGAGCACCUUCUCCUACCUUCGAUCGAGGCCCCAACUAGGAGCUUCUCGUCCCCACUCCAACGGUGCGUUGGAAGAGAAGAGGCUACCUACAUAUUGAGGAAAAUCCACGAGGGCGUGUGCGGCAACCACUCUGGAGGUGUAUCUCUAGCACAAAAAAUAUUGAGGCAGGGGUACUAUUGGCCUACCCUAAAGCGGGACGCCCUCGAGUUUGUUCAAAAAUGCGAUAAAUGCCAGCGCUUCUCUCCAGUGCAGAGACAACCAUCGCAGGAUUUGAUCACCGUCUCUAGUCCUUGGCCUCUCUCAAAAUGGGGUGUGGAUCUCAUAGGUCCCCUACCUAAAGGUAGAGGAGGGGCAAGUUUUGCAUUUGUGUCUAUUGAUUACUUCACAAAGUGGGUCAAAGCCGAACCACUAGCAAAAAUCACUGAAGCCAACAUCUCCAAGUUUUUAUGGAAAAAUAUUAUUUGCCGGUUCAGAAUUCUCCACUCAAUUGUCUCAGACAAUGGCAGACAGAAGCUUGAUGUAUCAAAAAGGGCUUGGGUUGAUGAGCUACCCCAAGUCCUUUGGGCGAUCCGAACCACCACUAGGACCCCAACAGGAGAAAUGCCCUUCCUCAUGGCAUUUGAAACUGAGGCGAUGAGCCCCGUGGAGGUCGGACUUCCAUCCCCAAGACGUCUGCACUUCAGCGAGAUAACUAACGAUGAGCUUCGGAGGCUCGACCUCGACUUCAUCGACGAAAGAAGAGAUGACGCCCAAUUGAAUCUCGGCACAUAUCAAAGAAAGAUGACAAGGUACUUCAACUCGAAAGUCAAGAAGAGGUCAUUCCGAAUCAAUGACCUUGUACUCAAGAGGGUAUUCCAAUCCUCAAAAGAGCUCGGUUCUAGUUCCCUAGGCCUGAAAUGGGAAGGUCCAUACAAAAUCAAAGAAGAGUUGUUCAUUCGCUUAAUUCCGAGGGUCAUUCAGUUCAUUCGUGUUCACUCACUUAAGUUCGAGGCUCAUUCAGUUGUUCAUUCGCUUAAGUCCAAUGCUCAUUCAGUUGUUCAUUCACGUAAGUCCAAGGCUCAUACAAUUAUUAAGCUUAAGUAA